AUGGAGGAUACUCGUCGAGCAAUACGUGAAGGCCGCAUUUUGGCUGCUAAAGGGCUCUAUGAGCACGCCAAGACAUUGUGGAAGACCACAUUAAGUGCAUCAUACUCUAUGCAAGACUAUGCUGGCAUGUUUGUGCUGUCUGUCAAUAUCGGUGAAGCUUGUAUAUGGAUUGCAACGCAAUCAAACACGACAUCUCAAGCGUUGUCACAGUUGCAAGAAGCGAAUGAGAAUUUGGAAUACGCGCUGCAAUUGGUGGAAAAAUGUUUUCUUUGGAAUAGUUUGGCAGGACAUAGAGCUUUGCAUCAUGGGGUACAGCGUGCGAAGACGUUGAGGAGGAAGGCGCUAGACAAGUGGCAAGAGAUUGAGAGGAAACAGAAGACAAUAAUACAGAACAAACUAGUGCACGUGUGUACGACGUGUGGAGUGGGUAAUGGGAGUAUUCUGCUGGAUGAGAAUGAUGGCUGCUAUUACUGUAGAAAGUGCUAUAAGGAGUACUAUGCUACAGUGAGAAAAGAGGCUAGCAUGGAGACUGCAAAGGAGGUGCUUGCUGUACAAGCUGUGGAUGGGUUGGAAGAAGAAGAGAAGAACGGGUUAAUUGCAGAGUUGUGUCUGAAUGAGAACAAAGAAGAUGAUAGUGCUGCUCUUGUUGUGAGUGAGUCGACUGCGCCAGCCAAACCGGUUGAAAAUAUGUGUGUUCAGAGCGAGAGCAAACAGGCAGAGGAGAAUGAUAAAGAAAAUACGGAGAAGGCGAUGCCGGAUCGCACUAGAUCUGAGCGAGUGGAGCUGGGAUCGCUUGCCGAUGUUUUGGCUGGAACGCUUAUGGUAGGGGACACCGUAGAGCAACCUCAGAUUCAGCACAACGACAUCCAGAAUGAUAGACUCGUGUUAGUAGCAGCGGAUCCUGCUGAAGAAGAAGAGUGCACUGAAAAGUCUAUUGCUACUACUGGUGAUCUCCAGGAGGUGCUAGAUGAUGCCAGCUCAGCUACGUCGAGUAAGGGCGUUCCGUGCGAAGAAGAAAUAUGGCUGCUGAAUGAGGAUACAACAGAUAAAGCUCGCGAAAAAUGCCAGUACUCUAUUGCCCAGCUGCUGGAAUUUCGAAAGCUUUCGUCUUGCGAUUGUCCAGAGCCUUUAAUGGCCUCUCCUGUGCGAGAUGAUGGAUGUACCCCGACUCGAACUAAAGUCAACAACUCCCGUAAAAAAAUGAAUCCCAAGAAGCCAAUGAGAUCAGCAGCUUCAUAUCAGCAUAACAAUACAGAUGUCGCUGGAGCCAGUCAAGCAAAGGUGCCAGUGGAAUUUGGUGCCACGCGCUCCGUCUCACCACUACCGACGAUGGACUUGUGCGAUACGCUGCGUAUGGCCCUCCAAGAAGAGUGGCAGAAGGAUGGUGAUACACUACGAUGGCCUCUUGGUUAA